AUGGAUACCAAUAAUACCAAUAAUAUAAAUAGUUUAGAAAAUCCAAUUGAUUUAGAGAAUGAUCCAAAUAUAUUAUUUACAGAAUUAAAUGUUAAAUUAGAAAGUCUAAUAACAUUUUUAACAAAGAAUGAUAAAGAUAAUCAAAUUUUUGUUGAUGAAAUAAUUGAUAAUAAAGUAACGGAUUUAUUGAUAGCAUCAAAGGAAUUAGAGAAUUAUUUCAUAUCACAACAAUCUAAAUAUAGUGCAGAGAAAAAUAAAAUUCAAUUAAAACAAGAGAUAUAUAAAGUUAAAAAGGAAAUUGAAAAUAAGGAUCGUUUAAUUGAAAGAUAUAAAAAUAAAGUUAAAGAAUGGAAAUACCAUUUCGAACCACUCUAUCAAUCUCAAAAUCAUAUCUUACAUUCAACAGCUCAAGGUUUAUCAGGUAUUGAAAAUCAAUUCUCACCAGUUUUCACACCAAUGCCAAAUACACCAAGUAUUCUUCAAAAUUUAUCACAAGCAAAACCAUCACCUUCAUUAGGACUUGGUUCAACAAUUUUGUAA